AUGGGCCAGGCCGGGUUCCUCGAAGCCAAGCCUGGAACUAAAGGCCUGAGAAAGACUUGCUGGCUCCAAGCCUACCGUCUCCCCAAAGCAACAAAGGAUCUCCGACCUCGCGACACAUGGCGUCCGAACGAGGAGCAAAGGUCAUAUCUAUCCAUGCUGAGUAAUCAAUAUAAAAAGCUUGAUAUGACACAAGCACCCCGACAUGACCCGCUUGACUUUGCCAAACAUACUCCGGUGGCCAAUAAUGUCAAGAAACGGGAGACACAUAGAGCAACAGGCCAAGGUGUCAAGAAAAGCAUGGCAAAAAGGAAGCAGGUGAAGGGUAAGAAAGUCGACUAG